ACAGGAAGAGGUUUUCAGUGCCAGCAUUGCCCCCCAUCCUCUCACACCUCAUGCAGCCCCAGACAGCUGUGUGUGAGCACAGGGCAGGAGCUAGUUAGAUAUUUACUGAGGGUUGUAGGCAAGGAGAGGGGGUGGGAAAUAGAGGAGGUCACAGAGUGAAAAGCAAAUGGAGUGAGGAGAUGGUUGUGGGGGAGAGAGUUCCACAGAAGUAAUGCAACAAGGAUACGGAUUAGCAGGGAAGGAGAGAUGGGGACAGAUUAGAGUGUCUCCCUCUGUAACUGGGACUUGCUAGAACAUCUGGUCGCCUGUGCACAUUCCUGGAGGAGGGAUGGACUGAGGGAGCGCACACUGUCUGUGUCUGCUAUCCCAAGAUGUGGCACAGGAGCCUCAGCAGCAGGGUGGCCGUGUGUGCCAGGGACUAGUAGCUAACAGGCUGGCCUUGUGUGCCAGGGACUAGUAGCUAACAGGCUGGCCUUGUGUGCCAGGGGCUAGUAGCUAACAGACUGGCUUUGUGUGCCAGGGGCUAGUAGCUAACAGGCUGGCUUUGUGUGCCAGGGGCUAGUAGCUAACAGACUGGCUUUGUGUGCCAGGGGCUAGUAGCUAACAGGCUGGCUUUGUGUGCCAGGGGCUAGUAGCUAACAGGCUGGCCUUGUGUGCCAGGGGCUAGUAGCUAACAGGCUGGCCUUGUGUGCCAGGGGCUAGUAGCUAACAGGCUGGCCUUGUGUGUCAGGGGCUAGUAGCUAACAGAUUGGCCUUGUGUGCCAGGGGGCUAACUAAUAGGCUGGCCUUGUGUGCCAGGGGCUAGUAGCUAAUAGGCUGGAUUUGUGUGCCAGGGACUAGUAGCUAACAGGCUGGCCUUGUGUGCCAGGGGUCUAGUAGCCAACAGGCUGGCCUUGCAGGGGACUCACUGAAUAAACUUACUAGAAGCUGCAACACAUGGAGACAAAGAAGAGAAGUAGAGGGGCCGGGCUGCUGUGCACACUACUGGACCCAUUGGGUUAUGGCAAAGAUGUCAGCUGAGGAUGAUAUGGGAGAAUCUCCUUCUCACAAAGACAAUGAGAAAAAACAAACAAAGGGCAGAAACAAGACAGUACGAAGGACAAACACAAGGCAGUGCAAUGACAAUGAGGGUGCAGGGCUGUCUGGAGAAGAACUAUGCAAGAAGACCUCAGUAUUACAAGGUAAAGUUAAAGCUUUGAAGGAGAAACACAAAGCUGCAAGAGGCUCUGAAGUAAACAGAGAAGAAGGGGGAGUUAAUGAAGAUGCUCUGGUAACACCACAGGUCCGCACUUACCUGACAGAAGAGGCAUUGCAGGUCAGUAAGCAGGAGGGACACCUGGGUACGGUUCAGGAGAACUUGGGAUCAGAUGGGUUUCAGGAAACUUGCACUAUACAAGAGACGGCUAUACCACCCAUCAGUAGAUGUGAGUCCAUGGACCUUUAUGGCUACACAGUUCAGCCCAUGUACAAAGAGAACACAGACAGAAUUGCUAAUUGGAUGCAACCUUCAGACCAAAGGCAAGAGAGAGUGCCUAGUGCUCCGCAGUCUGUGAGUGACUUAAGUCUUGAGACAUCUCUGAGCCUCGCAGAGAGAGUGGAAAAGAAUAGACAGGAGCUAAGCUGGAAAUUCAACAAAGCAUCAUGUGAAAGGGGAGACUCUCUGCUUGGUGAAGUUCUACACUGUGAUCCCUUAGACACAUCGAAAGAUGGAAGUUGGUUGUUGCCCCGAGACAUCGAUGGAGAUUCGGGUGUUUCUUUGCCAGACUCUGAUGGAUGCAAGGAGCUGAGCGUCCGUCACGAUCAGGCCAAACAGCUGCUACAGAGAGCACGAAUGAAAGCAAGAGGGACCAGUCCCUUAAGAGCAUCCCACUGCGUUCUACAACACAGCCAUUCCAAGCACACGCUCAGACGGGGUCCGUGUACUUCUGGUGCUGUAACUGACGGAGGUUCACUCAGUGACAGCUCCAGUAGUGACCACUGCUCAUGUCACAGAACCUCGUCUCGUGGCUCCUCACCCUCUCAUGUGCGGUUCCAGGAUGAGUCAGAGCAGGAGGCAGAGCUAAGAUACAGGGAACGGAAGCAACAAGGACCACAAACUCCCUGUGUGAGCACCACUCCCCCACUAAAGAGACACUCAAGCCAUGCACUGAGGUCUCAGCCACUGUCUGGACACAAUCCGUAUGGAACUUGUGGCCCAUACAUUAAUGGAUCAGGAGCCAGUCACAAUGUAGGAGUUGUCUCCCAAGUCACAAACUCACGUAACAUUCAGUUUGGCCCUAGAAUCCCUCAGGAUAGCCCUCUUAGUUCAUCUGGAGGACUCAGACCCUCACCACACUGGAUUUUACCGUCACAGCCAUGGAGAAUCCAAACAGAGCUGAUUCGCGAAACACAUAUUGGAGGUGAUUCUACUGCAGACUCCUCUGGAGAAGAGGAAGGAAGCCACGGCCAAAGAAAACCUUGCCAUGCUUGGGUUACACAGAACAUUUCUAGAAAUAACCUACCAAAUACAGCUCUUCAAUCUGGAACCUUCACAUAUGCUUCAAAUUCUGACCAAGAAAGUGAAUCAAGGGCAAACCUUUCAACUCUUAAAUUAGAAAAUGGAAGCAGGAUAAGCCAGAAGAAUUCCAUAUUGGAACAAAAUGCAAAAAACAAAUUAUCCAUUUCUAAAACAGACCAUAUGAUCAAGAUAUCUCAUUCAAAUAAAGAAACACACAAUGAGGUGAAGGAGCAUCAGAAGAGGACAUUAAAGACUGGAACAAGAGCAGUUUCACAAGAGAAGGAAUCUAGAACCAUUGAAAAUCAUGUAGCUCCCACUUUAGAACCCACACAAAAUACAAGAACUAGUAUAAAAGAUAUCGGGUUCAAUAUUGAAAGUAGAACAGGAACCAAUACUCACUUAACAGGAAAUGGAAAACCCCAGACAUCCUCUCCAAACGCAUGCACAGCAAAGAAGGGUUCCUCACUGACUCCUGAGCCUGCACAUGGUUGCUUCACACUCUCUGGUCAUGUGCCUGCCCCACCUGCUGGGAGAGCUUCCAACUCUGUGCCAUCAAGGACUAGUAGAUAUGCAAUGCGGCCAGAGAGGACAAGUCAGCAAUUGCCAAACUCUGACUUAGAAAAGGCAGACACGGUGCAGAUUCUCCAGGAUAAAUAUGUCACCAAAUCUGAUUCACUUCUAAAAUCUGAAAAGAGAAAUAAAGAAUCUGUUGACCAUUCAGGUGACGGCCAACAUCUACCUGGUAAUAAAUGCAAGGACCAGAGAACUAGGGAGAAAUCUUACAGAUCUAGAAAACAGCUGGAUAAGGAACAACAUAAUGAUGUUACAGACCACAGGAAUCAGGAGAGGACGGAUAGGACAAGGGAACAGCUUUACACAGAGAGAUCACACAGUUCUAGGAGACACAGGGACCAUGAGAAGCAUCAUUCAACCAGAAGAUAUCAGGAUGGUGACAGCGAGCUUCCAAAAAGGGACAGUUUGACCAGGGACUUAUCUAAAGCAGCUACAGAGCAAAAGGGAAGUGACACAUCUGUAACUCCACAGCUUCAAGACAAUUAUCAUAUGAAUGCAGAACAUGAUGUCUGCACCAGUGAGGUCAGCGUUCUCUGCCACCCGCCCAGCCAGAGUGCACAGACCAAAGACAGCGGCCUGGUGCAAUCUCCUCAGCAAAAUCAAGGGCCCUGUGUUGUAAACCACAGCCCGCUGAAUCCUCCAUCCAAAAAAGGCAACAUCCGCAGUGGGGUGCAGAAACUCUUUUCCACUUUCGGCUUGACACCGCGUCCCCGGCUAGAGCGCUGCCAGUCUUCCAGUAUGGAGCAGAUCUCCUCGGCGUCCCAAGACAGGGAAACUUCAGGAAAUGGGUCCUGUGACGGAUCAAUAAACCCAGGAAAAAUAAAGAAGAGUCCUUCUCUGCAGUCCCUGAAACUUAUGUCACCAUUUCACCUUCCACGAAAAUCUUCCUCUGUGCAGAACUUAGUGGGAAAGCAGGACAGAUCCCCAGUGUAUGUAACAGCAGAUGCCAACACGGCACCAAGGCGAGCUCUCAGUGUGGAGGAUAUUGGAUCUCCUGGCAUGCCCCGGGCAUUGGGACGUGUCGCUGAAGUUUAUGCUGAUGGAACCCGCCUUCUAGAGAUGCAACGCCCCACACAAGGCAGCUUUGGGCUUAGAAUCUCCUCUGUGAAUGGAAGGGCAGAUUCAGGUGUCUAUGUGCAGGAGAUGAGUGAUGAAAGUACUGCCAAGCUGUACUCCGGACUCCUACGUGUGGGAGAUGAGGUUUUGGAAGUGAAUGGUACCAAAGUAUCAUUUCUGAGACCCGCACAGCUAAACGAAAUUCUGGAUCGUGAAACCAUAUUAUCUCUACGCGUUUUGCACCAGAGAAGGAGCAAAUGUUAAGUCUCUACCCGAAAACCAGCUGCUUCAUAUGAGUCUGUGUGCUCAUUACCCAUAUAGUGUAUACUGCUCUAUACACCAGAUGGAUACCAAUGAUCAGAGUGGUUCCUGAGAUGACAAUGUAUACCCAGCCUGGCUGAUUUCCAUCUCUGAUUAUUGGCUUAAGAUGUGAUUGAAAGAUUUUGAAUAGGAUACAUCUUCUUAUCCUGCAGACCAAAAUAUCUCCGUUAUUGUUAUCAAGGUAAAUUAAAUGCCUUACGAAGCACCUUAAAGGGAACUAUUCACUGAGAGUAAUUUUUUUCCAGUAAAUCACAGUAGUUUAUUUCCUGCAAUAACUGCAAUUACUAAGAUUUCUUAUUCAAAUAGUUUGCAAACUGAUUUUGUUCAUAAAAUGUAUUCAGACACUUUGCUUCAUAUCGUGCCCUUUAACCACUUGGCAAGAGAUACUUGCAACUCAUCGCAUAGCCAUGUGUUAAAGGCUUUUUUGUACAUCAGGGCUUAAAAAUAAAAAAUUCUAAAUAGUUUAGCUUUUAUUCGGUAGUAGAGAAUCUCAUUCAGAUAAAUGGUCACUAGAUCCCAGACAGCACACAGGGAGGGGAGUUCUACAGUCAAAAGCAGAGGGAUCACAAAUUAUUGCCAAUGCCAAAGACCCACUAUUGAAAUAAUAGUGCAUUCACCUAUAUGAAAGGGGGGGGGAGACAGCGCCUCCUUGCGCCUCCCCCAGAGAGCCUUUUGGACAGUAAGUCAGUAUCAGUUUUCUAUCCUGUAAGACACUGGAUUUUGGAGUAAUAAAUAAGAGGGAGACCACUGUUCCUCUGUCAGCCAAUAAUAAAUCUGUACACACAGGUGACUACAUAAAUGAUAAGAGACUCCUCCUAUAAACAGGGGUGACAUUACCCUAUAGAUGACAGUUAAUGAACAAAAUCAACACACAGAGACUUUAACCUUUUAAUGCCGUUCUAUUCCGUCAUAAUUAUACUGGGCUUUAAAGCUGUUAUGACGGAAUAGAACGUCAUAGCUAACGGCUGUCCUGAAGCCUUCUGUGCUUCUAGGACUUGAUCGCGGUCUGGAGGGCGUUCCUAGGGUUGUAGGGACGCCCCCCAGAUGCGAUCCAAUAAUUGAAAUCUCUCAAUCGUAUGCACAAUCGCGUAGUUUCAAUUUGUCUACAUCGGAACAGGUGUUCCGAUGUAGGCACUUUAACCCUGUCACGAAAGGGUUAAAUUAUGAGCAAUGUUUGUUUCCCCUCCAAUGAGUCACAUGACCCUCUAGAUCAUCAUAUGGUUGAUGUAAAAAUGUCAGUUACUUAUCUUGCUAAAUACAGUGACAGGGGGCACUGUACUCACAAAUGUUGCCUUUGUUUUGCCUGAGAAAAAAAAAUAAGUAAAAGCAGUUUGGAUUUCAAUUUAAACUAUAUACCAGCACUAGCUGUGCAUUUCCUACUAAAUGCUUUAUGGCUUAUAGGCACUUCCUAUUAAUUGUCAACGAACGUUAGCAAGAAGUACCUAUUUACUCACAGGCAUUAGCAGAAAGCACCUAUUACUCAAUAGGCCUUAGCAGAAAGUACCUAUUACUCAAUAGGAAUAAGCCAGAAGUACACAAUAAAUUAGUUUUAAUAUCAAAUUAAAGGGGCAGUGUACACUAAUAUUUUCUCCCAUUUAAUGUGUUCCCAGUUAUCUAAUUUACCUACAGGGGUGUAUGGAAUUAUUUACAAAUAGCCCCUUCACCUUUAUUUUCUCAUUUGAAAUAUCUGAUUUUGCCUAUUGUUUCCCUACCCAUACUGAACAUUUCUGAACUUAAAGUUCUGGUUACACAAAAACCUGUUCAUUUUACAUUGUUCUCUGUAAGUAUUAGCCUUUGAUUAAACAGUAAAAAAGAAGUUAAGCAGAACUUGUGUAAAUAGACAGAAAAGAUAGCAAGGUCUGCUUUUCCUUGCCAGCUCAACCUAUUUUAUUGGGUUAUGGUUUCAAUUAACAGUAACAGUUAUUUCAUAUACAAAAUUAUAACUAAAUAACAUUUCCCACACAGUUAAAACUCUGCGACAGUUAUAACAAGUCAUUGUAAACACAUUAAAGGGACAGUCUACCAUAUAUUUGUUAAUGUUUUAAAAUAUAGAUAAUCCCUUUAUUACCCAUUCCCCAGUUUUGCAUAACCAACACCGUUAUAUUAAUAUACUUUUUACUUCUGUGAUUACCUUGUAUCUAGGAACCUUCUUCCAGCCCCCUGAUCACAUGACUGUGACUGUUUAUUAUCUAUUGUCUUGCAUUUAGCAUUGUUUUGUGCUAAAUCUUAAAUAACCCCCUGUGCCUGAACACAGUGUUAUCUAUAUGGCCCACGUGUACUUUCUGUCUCUUUGUGUUGAAAAAAGAUUUAAAAAGCCUGUGAUAAGAGGCAGCCCUCAAAGGCUUAGAAAUUAGCAUAUGAGCCUACCUAUGUUUAGUUUAAACUAAGAAUACCAAGAGAAAAAAGCAAAUUUGAUGAUAAAAGUAAAUUGUAAAGUUGAUUAAAAUUAAAAGUCCUAUCUGAAUAAUGAACGUUUAAUUUAUACUAGACUGUCCCUUUAAGGAGAAACCAAUUUUACAGUACACCAUCCCUUUAAGUAGCUUUUACUUUACUUGUUGGCUUAAAAAAAAUGAUGUUAUUUCAUAAGGAUGAUGGAAAGGUUUUGAAUACAGUGCCCCUUUAAACAGUGGGGAGGUUUGUUUGUUUUAUUCAUUGAUAUUUUUAGAUACCCAUAUACAUCAGCAUAAAAAUAUUAUUUUUACAGAGAUCUAAGAGUUGUACUAUUGCAGGUAAUUGUAUGCUAAGGAUGCAGGAAACAGAAUAUUAAAUGGAAUUUUGUUGAUACAGUAAAUUCCUUUUGAUUACAACAAAAUACACAGACCUCGUUGUGAGCACACAUGUUGUGUCUCUGUUUACCAAUUACACUUUGCACUCUGUCUCCUGAUCUGUUUAACCAGUAACAGACGUGGAUACUCCCCUUCCACGCAAACAAGGGGACAGUCAUACGUAUCAGUAUUAAAUUGUCUGAAAUGAAGGACAUGAACAGAACUUGCCCUCUGAGGAAGACUGCACAGAAUCACAUUGUUUUUAAUGUAUUUAUGAGUUUUUUGAUCUCUCACUGCCUAUAUUAAUAUAUUAAAUAUUUUUGUUUGCA